AUGCUACUGUUUCUACCUCGUAGCUUAAUUGUAUCCGUGCUCCUCCAACCACCAGCCUGGUCGAAGCCAUUGCCCGCCAUGCGCGCCUCCAUCUACACCGCCCUCGCCGUUGGCGCCGUCUUCGUCGCCGCAACCGUGACCCUCACCAAGGACGGCUGCGUCGACGCCUCGGGCUUUGAGACGUGCCAGAACGCCGCCACCAAGAAGACAAGCGUCUGCGUUGGCCAGGCGAAGAGGGACGGGAGCGGGACGGAGCUGCUCGCCUGCGGGUGCCAGGACGCCGUCGACAACUUCAACUGCUACGCCGCCCACUGCUGGAACCAGGUCUGGGGCUGCCAGUACCAGGAGUACAUGGUCCAGUACUUUCGCUCCUGUGCCGUCGCCAAGCAGCCCGUGCCGUACUUCCCCGCGCCCAACAAUGCUCCGGCGGCCUGCUCGUGCAACCUGGGCAAGGUCUACUCUGCGUUCUCAGCGGGGCCUAUUCCAGCUUCUUCGACAUAUGCCCGAAUACAGACCCCAAGCUUCUCGGCCUGA